GGGUCACACACAGGACCAAGCAGGAGCAGGACCUCAGCAUUUUUACUUUUUAAUACAAAUGGAGACACAUGAAGAUGUUCAAUACUGUUUUCUAGACAUAAACUCUUCUUGUAUUAAGGCUUUUCUAUCGACAUCUAUCUACAUAACACUGUACAUCUUCUUCUCACUGAUUUCAGCAGUUACAGUAUUUUUGAACGUACUGGUGAUCAUCUCUAUCUCUCACUUCAAGCAGCUCCACACUCCAACCAACCUGCUCAUCCUCUCUCUGGCUGCGUCAGAUCUCCUGGUGGGACUGAUUGUGAUACCAGUAAUGACUGUAGCAACAAUGGAACCAUGCUGGGGUUUUGGAGAAUAUUUCUGCGUGUUUCAUACCUACAUUGCUUGUUUAUCUCCUUCUUUAUCUGUGGGCAAUUUGGUCUUGAUAUCUAUUGACCGCUAUGUUGCUGUGUGUGAUCCCUUAUUGUACCACUCUAAAAUAACAACAACAAGAAUCACGUGUUGUAUAUCCAUCACCUGGUGUUGUUGUAUCAUAUACCGUGCUGCUAAUAUACAAUAUUUUGUAAAUGUACAGGUACCAAGUAGGUGUUUGAAAGAAUGUACUAAUUUUGAAGGGUCAACCUGGGUAAAUUUCACUGAUCUUGUUAUUACAAUGGUUGUCCCGUGCUCUGUUAUUAUUACACUUUAUGUGAAAAUCUUUGUGGUGGCCAGAUCACAGGCCAGAAAGGUAUUUUCAAAAGAGGCUGCCAGAGUGUUUGGUGUUAAAACUGUACAGGCAAGUAAGUCUGAGAGAAAAGCAGCAAAAACUCUGUCUAUUGUUGUUUUCAACUAUCUCAUUUGUUGGAUUCCAUCUCUACUUGUAUUCUUUAUCUUUUCUGUUUUAAUUGAUAAUUUAUUAGCAUAUUUCAUCCGUUUGUCAUUUGUUAAUUCCUUAAUUAAUCCAAUCAUUUAUGCUUUCCUUUAUCCA